CAUGUCUAUAAAUGCCUGCCACUUCCCCUUCCCCAGCCCCACUCUCUCUCCCUCUCUCUCUCUGUCUCAGCAUGGAGAACCAACGAGUCCAGUCAUCGUACCGCAAGCGCUUCGGGCCCCAGAGCAGCUCCUCAAUGGGGGCGCGUCUCUCCGGCGGCAGGCUCUCGCUGCACGGCAGCCAGCGCCACCUCUCCCUCUCCAGCCCAAUGACCCUCACUGCCUCCCGGCUGUCCCUGGGCAGCGCGCCCAUCAUCGGCGAGCGGCUGGACUUCUCCACGGACUCGCUGCUCAAGGCCCAGUACCGGGAGACGCGCACCAACGAGAAGGUGGAAAUGAUGGGCCUGAACGACCGCUUCGCCAGCUACAUCGAGAAGGUGCGCUUCCUGGAGCAGCAGAACAAGCUGCUGGUGGCCGAGCUGAACCAGUUGCGGGGGAAGGAGCCCAGCCGCCUGGGGGACAUCUACCAGGAGGAGCUGCGCGAGCUCCGCAGGCAGGUGGACGGCCUGGGCUCCGGCAAGGCCCGGCUGGAGAUAGAGAGGGACAACCUGGCUGGCGACGUGGCCACCCUCAAGCAGAGGCUGCAUGAUGAGUGUGCUCUGCGGCAGGAGGCUGACAACAACCUCAACACUUUCAGACAGGAUGUUGAUGAGGCGGCGAUGAGCAGGGUGCAGCUGGAGAGGAAGAUUGAUGCCCUGCAGGACGAGAUCAUGUUCCUGAAGAAGAUCCAUGAGGAGGAGCUGCGUGAGCUGCAAGAGCAGGUGCAGGCCCAGCAGAUCCAUGUGGAGAUGGACGUGUCCAAACCCGACCUGACCGCUGCGCUGAGGGACAUCAGAGUCCAGUACGAGUCCAUGGCCUCCUCCAACAUGCAGGAGACCGAGGACUGGUACCGAUCCAAGUUUUCUGACCUGACUGAUGCAGCCGGUCGCAAUACAGAAGCUCUAAGACAGGCCAAACAAGAGGCCAAUGAGUUCCGCCGGCAAGUGCAGGUGCUGACCUGUGACCUGGAAGCUCUUCGUGGUACUAAUGACUCUCUUGAGCGGCAGCUGCGUGACAUGGAGGAUCGCUUUGCCAUGGAGACGGCUGGAUACCAGGACAGCGUCGCCCGCCUGGAGGAUGAGAUCCACUCCCUGAAGGAGGACAUGGCGAGGCACCUGCAGGAGUACCAGGACCUCCUCAAUGUCAAACUGGCCCUGGACAUCGAGAUCGCCACCUACAGGAAGCUACUGGAGGGGGAAGAGAGCAGAAUCACCGUUCCUGUGCAGAGCUUUGCCAAUCUCCAAUUCAGAGAAACUUCUAUGGACACGAAGUUCUCCCCUGAAUCUCAUGUGAAGAGGAGCAUUGUGGUGCGGACCGUGGAGACUCGCGAUGGGGAGGUGAGCUCCUAGAGAGGACACCAUCUGUCAAAGAAACAUCCACUCUCUGCUGGUGAUUCUGCUGGUGAAUUGAUCCUGGAUCAUAAAGGAGUCAACCACGGAGAGGAAGGAGCUGCCCUAAGCGACUGCCAGCACACAAAGAACACAAGGACCUAAAGGGCACAGCGACCUGUUGUUCACAGCAGACAGCUCUGUGGCCUCUUUACUCUCUCUCUCUCUCUAUCUCUCUAUCUCUCUCUCUCUCUCUUUCUCUAUCUCUCUCUCUCUAUCUCUCUAUCUAUCUCUGUCUGUCUCACUGAACUAAAAUCAGACUGAACCCACCAAGCCUGUCUAUACCCCAUCUACCAUCAUACAAAUUCAGCUAACAUUAACCGUAGCCUUAAAAUUAAACAUGGCGUGCUUUACUUCCAUAGCACUUCUACCAAAUAUACUGUGAUACAGCUGAGAUAACUUUAGUAGCACAGCACUCAUUAAGUCAUAAAGAAGAUCACAAAAAACUCCAUAUUUGGAGGCCUUUUCGGUCUCGCUCAUAGCCAGACUGAAUGCUGGGAGUUGUAGUAUUUGUGUUAAACUCAUAGCAGAGGGCCAGUCUUGAAGAUGUAGUAAGUGUUCUUAGUCAGAGAGCAGAGAGAGACAAGUAGUUUACGUUCGGUUCUAUAGCAGGGAUAAUGUUUGAGGGUCUGUGGUUCUUGUUCUUGUGGUUCUACGUGUUCUGCAUAGUUGGGGUGUAGGGAGAGAGAAAGAGAAACUACAGGUGCUGUACUGUAGAUGUAGAAAAGUAGAAGGAGAUGGAUCUUAGGAAGCGAUUAGAUAAAGUGAGCUUUUUUGUCAGGGCCAUUGAUGGACAUAUACUCCCCUUACAUUCCAGUGUUGCCAAAGGGAGCAUUCUAGUGGUAUCACCCGUCAUGUAAUUAAGUCAUUACUUCAUCUCUGUUCAUCUAUCCAUCUAUCUAUCUAUCUAUCUAUCUAUCUAUCUAUCUAUCUAUGUAUCUAUCUAUUAACUCAACACUAUUUGUGUGGCAUCUUAAGGCUGCGGGUUGUUUUCGGACACCUCCUCUGUGUCUGUCAGUGUGUGACUCUCUGUUUGCUGCUGUCAGAACACACUCUGUCUUCCUUCAAGUGCUGUGGGAUGUUUUAUCUGCAGCUUUACAGCGGCUGGUGUCAGUAUGUCAUACAGGGCUGGGGCUGGAGGUGUCUGCUGAGGGAUUCACACGACCCUUGUCCUGAUGCCCUCCAUCAUGUUCAUAGACACAUACAGACAAAUACAAACACACACACACACACACACACACACACACACACACACACACACACACACACACACACACACACACACACACACACACACACACUUGCAUAGCUCUGCUCCAUCACUCAAGUGCCUGGCUGAUUAAAGUAAGCAGAGAAAGGAGAAUGU